UAUCGUUACUUAGGCGAAAUUAGUGUGCAUAUUAAUGCGAAUGCGCCCAGUGCAGAUACACUUAAACGGAAACCGCGCCGGAGACAUCGGAGUUUGAUGCUCUACACAGAGGAAUGGCGGUCAAGGUGCAAUUUGAGAUUGGCCACACGUCAAAGCUGCGCAGCAAGAAAACCCCACAUCCGCAGGCCUUCACCCACGACUGGGAGAUCUACGUGCAGGGCGUGAACAAGGCGGACAUCAGUGCCUUUGUGGAGAAGGUUGUCUUUCUGCUGCACGAGUCCUUUCCCAAACCGAAGCGUGUGAUCAAGGAGCCACCGUAUGCUCUACAUGAGUCGGGAUAUGCCGGCUUCCUAUUGCCAGUCGAAAUAUAUUUUCGCAAUCGCGACGAGCCCAAGCGCAUCAUGUACCAGUACGAUCUGGAGCUACAGCAGACAGGGCCACCACGUCACCAUGUCGAGGUGAAGACACACGUGUUUGAGGCCCCCUCUGAGGAAUUUCGCGCCAAGCUGAUGCGCGGCGGUGGAGUGCCCGUAUUUGGUGCGAAUAUCGGGCCCAGCAGCCUCAGUCGCACGCUAUCGCCCAGCGUCGGUGGCGGCGAGGGGGGGCCCAACAACGAGGUGGGCAUUGUCAAGGCCAAGGGUGGGGGCAGCAGUACCUUGACUAUUGACUCGGCACCGAUCAAGAAGCACAAGUCGCGCAACGAUGAUCCCGGCAAGACCAGCGCCUUCUCUGCGCUCUUCGGGCCGCCCAUCACCAAGGGGAAUGGCGGCAAUAUGUUGGCCAUUGCUGCUCCCCCAAAACACUCGCCGGAGGGCAAAGCCGCGCCCGCCAGUGGCAAGAGCGGCUCACACGAUGGCGGCAAAGAGAAGUCGAGCAAGGAGCGCGACAAGUCCAGUAGCGGGGACAAGCCGCGCGAGAAGGACAAGAAGGAUCGUCAUGGCCGGGACAAGGAUCGCAAAUCAAGCAAGUCCGGCGAGGGGGGCGGCAAGCAUGAUCGCGACAAGGAAAAGUCCAAAAAGGACAAGUCCCGCGACAAGGAGCGUGAACGCGAGCAGAGCUCCAGUAGCACACCCUCCUCAACGGCCCUGGUCCUGGCAAAUUCCUCGGCAUUGAUGAAGCGUACGGCCAGCCCGAAGUUAGGCAAGGCCGAAAUGAGUGCUCCCAGUCCCAAGAAGAUGGCCACUGAUGCGUCCAAUGCGGUCGCAGUGCCCAACUCGCGAUCCAAAGAGCGCGAUGAGCACAAGUCGGGGAAGUCCGAGUCCAAGGACAAGGAGCGCAGCUCCAACAAGAAGUCCAAAAAGGAGAAAAAGGACAAGGAGCGCGAACGCGAGCGAGAGCGCGAACGGGAGCGGGAGAAACAGCGCGAGGAUCACAAGGACAAGCGGCUGCCGAAGGAUGAGCGAACUGGCCAAACCGACAGUCCUCUGACCGCUGGCAAUACACUGCAGCAUCAGUCAGCGACCAAUCAGAGCGCCUCCGCCACGGGCAAGGCGACGCCCACCUCUGUGGGCAGCAACAGCAGCAGCAGCAUGGCCAGCAGCGGCAAGCGGGGAGGCGAUCAGAAAGAGGAGUCCACAUCGACGACGGCCACUCCGAAGCAUUUAGAGAAAGCCACAGAUCCAAAGUCAGAUAAGGGGACGAGCAAUGGCAAUGCCGACAACAACAAGAAGUCCCACAAGCAUAAGAAGAAGGACAAGAGCAAGGACAAGGAUAAGGAGCGCAGCGAGCGCGAAAAGGACAAAGAGAAGCCCAAGGAGCGGGAGAAAGACAAACAGCAGCAGCUGGCAGCGGCAGCAACGACAGUGGAGAAGCCAUCAGUGGCUGAGCCAUCGCCCAAGACAACGGGUGCCAGUCCCAGCGGUGAGGCCACGACGACGGACAAAUUUGCAACCAGCGGAGCCAGUGCCAAUGCCAACAGCAGCAAGAAGGAGAAACACAAGAAAUCGAAGGAGAAGGCCUCCAGCAAGGACGAGAAACGGCAGCGAGAGACCGCCGGGGACAAGCAGACGGAGGCCAAGCACAGCGGCAAGCAACAGCAGCCACAGACGCAUCCACAGCCGGGACAGAACAAGGCUCCAAGCAAUCUAGACCUCAGUGAUGUGGACUCGGCUCAAUCGGCGCCGGAUCUGGCUGCCACCAGUGCACUGGCCGCAGCAGCGGCUGCCACGCUCCAGCAUUCGGACAGCUCCAACAGCAGUUUUCCCGAUCUGCCAGCGAGGGGCAGCCAACAAAAACCAUCGACACAGGCGGCUAAGGCCAGUGCAGGGUCCGCAAAAGAUGCCAAAUCUGCUGGCAAGGAACACAAGGGAAAGUCAAAGCCAAACGAAAAGCCGGAGAAGAACAGCGAUAAGUCCGAAAGGCCAGACAGAACACCAGAGACCAAGGCGGCGGACAAGUCCGAGAAGCCGGACAAAGAGGAAAAGAAACGGAAUCGUCGCAGUUCCCAGAACAGCAACAGCGGCAGCGGCGGUGGUGGAGGGGGCUUUAUGGAGCCCCCCGUCAAGCCCUCAAAGAAGGAACAGAACAAGGCACCGCGUGAGAAAUCCAAAUCGCCGUCGCUGCGUCCUUCGAAUGCGAAUUCCACAGCGCUAGCGCCAGUGGCUGGCAGUGCAGGAUCAGGAUUCCUGCCGCCGCCGCCGUCCUCGCCAUCCAGCAAUAGCCAUCCCAGCGGUGGGGCUUCAGCAGCCAGCAGCCUGAACAACAACAACAACAAUAACAGCAGUUCGCCGGCUGAGAUGACGCCAUCGCUGCAGGUGAGCACCACAUCCUUGCCGACGGAAUAUCUGAGCGAACUGCAGGAGCUGCAUCACAAGAUCAUGACGCUGCAGGACAACGAGGAGCUGCAACAGGUCGUCGAAAUGAUAGCGGCCACCGGCUGCUACGAGAUCACGCACAAGACCUUCGACUUUGAUCUGUGCAAGCUGGAUCGUGUGACCGUGCAGCGGCUCCAGGAGUUUCUGGCCACCUCAGUCUCGUGACACCAAAUGGCCAAUGCCGCCGCCGCACCAGCUCUCUACAGCUAGACGAUGCACAAAACCCUCAUGCACAUAACCAAAUACAAUACACUUUAAAGAAAGUUUAGUUGUAAACCACACAGGUUCUGCUUCCCCCCCCCGACUUCCCUUUUGUUUAGAUGUUAGGUUACAGGCCAGAGCAGCAGUAUGCGAUACUCUCUCUCUCUCUGUCUCGAUGCACAGGAAGGCUAUCUAUAAGCACACCUACCCCUAAACCAUAUACCAUACGCGAACCAUAUCCUUUUAGCUCGAGACUCAUUUCCAUCUAAGACCUAUAAUUAUGCUUAUUUUAAUUGGUUUCCUAUUCGAUUAUAAAUAUCAUUAUAUUUUUAUUAUUUGGUAAGAUGAUCUCCUUGAUCCUUUACUCUUAAUUUAUUGAGUAUUUAAACUUGAAAAAUAAAUAAUGA